CACACACUUAGAGGGCUGAUGGCACAGGUACAACUGCAUACGCUCCCCAUGUACACCGCCCCGACGGGGACUCAAUGAGUCGUUCACACAUUAGCUGGUCACGACAGAUUUGUGCACAGCACAUCCAAGCCCCCCACCUAUCGACUGCCCUCUCAUUCCUGGGCUGUCGGUCGGUCGGUCGGUCGGUCGGUUGGGACGGCUGGUCGUCUCUGUUUCGUUGUCGCGACCACACAGGCAGGCCCAGGGGCCAAUCCUCUCAUAAAGGGACCUCGAUCGCCUUGGGAGCCGCGCUGUCGCCCUCGUCGAGUCUCGAGUAGGAAUUGCCGCACGUCACAGAAGCCGUGCGUCGCCAACUCGUCAGAAAUUAAUCCUGACACACACGCACACACACACACGCGCACAUCAGUGCUGCUGUGAGGGCAUCCAUCAUAGACCUUGUCGUGCUCACCUGGCUGCCUCUGUCUGGCGCACGGAAGUAUCCCCCCUCCCUCGCUCCCUCCGGUUGCUCUUCCCUCUCUCGGUGGCCACCCCGGUCAGUCGGUGCCCCAGGCCAAAUCUGUCACUCAGCGGUGAGGCUGCAGCUGUCUGAGUCGUGCUGGCGGUUGGGAGGGGGGCGGUGGUCUGGGGAGCCAUUACGGCCUUCGCCAUCAGCUCGGGGUAAAGAGGGAAACUGAGGUCGGCUGGCGAUGCUGUGGACGACUCAGCCAGAGCAUUGCGGGAUGGUGAAGUCGCUUGGUCGUCACGGGGCGAGCAGAGACCUGCUGACGGCAACAGACACACACACACAGUCGGACAGACUGACAGACAGACAGACAAAUGGAUCACGAUGCACGCGCUCCUUGUCUCGCCUAUUACCGGCCUCUCCCUUGUUUCUGAAUGUGUAAUGCUGUCGCUCCAUCUCCCGCCUGUGUGCGAUGGCGGCCUUCUUGGCGCCCUCGUAGCCAUGCCGCCUCACCGAGAAUGCCUUUUUCUUCUCGAUGCCGCUUUCACGCCAGCUGGCCUGCCAUAAGUUGUUGCACUUGUUGAAGCUGACGCCUUUGACGCCGCUUUGAUGCUCCGGGUCAAACCGCCUUCUCACCACCGCCCGUCCGGUGAGCUCCAUCGUACGACGGUGCUGCUCGGCCAACGCCUGCACAACACACACACACACACACACGAGAGACCUACAGAGACGGAGAGAUUGGGGUGAUAAACGGCGCCACGCGCACCUUGGCCUUGUCGAAGCCAUGUUUACUAGCGCUGAAGAACUUGUGUUUCCGCCUCUUGUCGCCCUUCUCGUACCAUGAGGCUGCCCACGAUCGGCUCAACGCCUGCCAACAGGCCCCUGGUACGUCCGACGUGUGCUCGGGGACACGCUUGGUGACGACCGUCUUGUUCGUCUCGCACAUUGGUCGUCCUUUAUGGUGCGAGUCAUUUUGUGGUAGCUCUGUGCGCUGCCUCUUCGGAGAGCGGCUGCCGUCCAGCGAUGGGUCUCGGCCAUUGCAGGGGUUGACAGGGGGGCUGCUUGGCAGAUGGCGCUUCGGAGGAUCAGCCAAUCCUGAAUGGCACACAGGCGGACAGCCGAGACGAUGGGUGAAGUGGUGCAUCCUGGCUGAGCCAUCUGGGUGUCCAUUACCCUGGUCCUGGACAUCACGCCGGUCAGACGCUACACACACAUCUGAUCAGCAGACACACAGGCAGGUCAAUCAUGCCCUUCCUUGCCCUGUGUUCUCUCCUCUAACCCGUCGGCCUCCACCGAAUGGCUCUCGUCUGCUGGCCGGCCACCGUCAGUGUGGCGAUCUCAUACAGACCGCCACUAUGAGGAUCAGUCGCACGCACACCCUCCAGCAGCUUCGUCAGCAUGAUGUCCUCCUCCACCCUGCGGGCGCCUUCGAUGUCAGCGGCCGACGUUGCGGCUGGCUGCCCACCAGCCCUGGUCUCAUGAGGCCCCGUGCCGCCGUCUGUUGUGUCGGUCUCCUCCUGGGGGCCGCUGUGGUCAUCCACAGCGCCCUGACGAUGGCGCUCGGCAGGAGGGAUCGCCAUGAGACUGCCACGCUGCUCGUCGUAGUAGUAGUGCAAUCGCUCCAUCUCCCGCCUGUGUGCGAUGGCCGCCAUCUUGGCGCCCUCGAAGCCAUGCCGCCUCACCGAGAAUGAUUUUCCUUUGUGGAUACCGCUCUCCUGCCAGUUGGCCUGCCAUGCGUUGUUUACCUUGUGGAAGCUGACGCCUGUGACACCGCUUUGAUGCUCCGACAGCGGUCCCGUGGGGACGGUCGCGGGGCGACUGCCGAUGGCAAUCGGGCGGUAAGCUGCUAUCCCGCCGCCAGGUGAAGGCCAAGGCGACACCACCACGUCCAUCGCCCGUCGAUGUGCGGUGGCGGCGGUCAGCGGCAUCGAUGGGUACUGUGGUGCGACGCCAUAGCCAGGGACGCCAGCAGGAUAACAAAGGGCCGGGAGGCUGGGAGGCCGCAAGGGGAUGUGGGAUGCAGGAUGGCCUACCCCAACAGGGCCGCUCACACCUACUCGUGUGGCCGACACCGAUAGCGGAUGACAGCCGGGUGUGAGUGGCGAUGAGUGCCCAUAGUGGCCCAUCAUGCCGCCUUGGAAAGGGCCCAGAGAGAAGGGCUGCUGCUGAUCAACAGUGGCCGCUCCAUCAGCUGCGCCGCCACGAUGAAUGCCCGAUGCUGGUGCUGUCGCCGGGAGAGAGGGAGCAUAUGGGGCUGCAAAGGGGGAAGCCGCAGCACGGCGUGCAGGCACCAAGUCAGCUUGACUCAUCCAACCAACGAACCAUCGUCAAGGGCCGCGGUAGACGCAGCUCAUCUGGAUCUUGCUGCAGAUAGUCAGGAUCUGCCAUUGCCGUGAUAAUGAAGUGGCGGAUGUGCCAUGAGCACUGGUCCUGCCUUUGUCUCCCUUCCAUGUGUGCUGAGCUGAUCUCACCAUCGAGAUCUGGACCUGCCCAUCUGCCAAUACUCUCUGCUGCAAGCUGCCUGCACCACAGAAGGGUGCUCUGGUUUCGACGGCUGGAGCGAGCUCGACGCCUGCGAGCUUAGCUCAGAACCCUCUCCGAUGGCCAUCUGUCGGUAGAUGAGAGUGGCUGUGGAGGAUCGCUGUCGUUGCCCGUUAAGGCAAC